AUGCUGAUCAAUGAUGUAAAAUUAACACUUACGGAUAAUAGAUUGUGGUCCGUCAACAAAUAUCAAGUUAAAAUGAGUGACUCAACAGACCAGAAUGAACCCCCGAAAGACCCGAAAGAGUUAGAGAAACUAGAAGAAGCAAAAUUAAAAGCCAAGUUUCCAAAUGCAAUGCUUGGUAGAGGACCUGGAGGACACUCAGCUUUUCUACAGAAAAGGCUAGCAAAGGGGCAAAAAUUCUUUGACUCUGGCGACUACCAAAUGGCAAAGCAGCGGCCGAGCAACCUGGCAGCGCCGUUCAAAGCUCCGGCCGCGCCCGCCAAGCUGCCCACGGGCGACGCCAUUCCCACGCCCGAGACCGUGCCGCUGCGCAAGACGUCGAUCAUUCAGCCCAAGUUUCAAGCGCCGAGCCAGACCUCCUAG